CACGACUGCCCUGACCCCAGCAGAAGGCUGCCAAAAUGAAUCCUGACUUGAAGAAAGAGAGAGACGGGGCUAGUUUCGACCCCGAAAAGAUCGUUAACCUUCUGUACGGAGGUCCUGACAGAGUUAAAAGGAAGAGGAAACUCGAGUCCCUUGCCCUGAAUGACCCUGACUUCCAGCAUGAAGACUUGAACUUCAUGUCACGGGAACAGCAAUAUGAGACCCAGCUGAAGAAAAGCAUCAUGGUAGUUCAGAAGCAGGAGAAGCACGGCAUUAUGGGACCUGAGGAUUCUGCACACUAUGUCUACAACGGUGCGUUUAAGGCCAUGGCUGGACCGUUUGGCCUGCACACCAGCAUGUUCCUCCCCACGCUACGGGGACAGGCAACGGACGAACAGAAGGACAAGUGGCUCAAGAUGGCGGAGAACUAUGCCAUCAUCGGGACGUACGCACAGACAGAGAUGGGCCACGGAACUUUUCUCCGAGGCCUGGAAACGACGGCGACCUAUGACCCCCAUACCCAGGAGUUUGACCUCCACACCCCGACCCCUACAGGGACAAAAUGGUGGCCCGGCUGCUUGGGGAAGACGUCCAACUACUGUGUCCUGAUGGCCCAGCUGUACAUCCACGGCAAGUCUUAUGGACCUCAUCCCUUCAUGGUGCAAAUUCGCAGUCUAGAGGACCACAAGCCUCUUCCUGGGGUGACGGUAGGUGACAUCGGCCCCAAAUUUGGGUAUGCAGGAAAUGACAACGGCUUUCUACGCUUCGACCAUGUCAGAAUUCCAAGAGACAACAUGCUUAUGAAGUACUCAAGGGUUGAGCCAGACGGCACCUAUGUAAAACCUCCCAGCUCCAAACUGGCGUACGGGACCAUGGUGCAGGUCAGGUCCUUCAUCGUCAGCGAAGCCGCAGAGUCCCUCGCCAAGGCUGUUACCAUAGCAACUCGCUACAGCUGUGUGCGGAGACAGUCGGAGAUGAAACCAGGCCACCCUGAGCCCCAGGUGUUGGACUAUGUAACCCAGCAGUACAAGUUGUUCCCGUACCUGGCUGCUGCCUACGCCUUCAUGUUCGCUGCCCGCGCUAUGGUGUCUGUUUACUUCAGGUCCAUGGAGCGGAUCACCCGUGGCGACAUCACCGUUCUACCAGAGCUCCAUGCUCUGUCCUCCGGCCUGAAGUCUCUGUCCUCCUGGGUGAUGAAUGCUGGGAUUGAGGAGUGUCGCAUGGCGUGCGGCGGGCACGGUUACUCGCACGCCAGCGGGAUCCCCAGUAUCUACGCGGAACACACCCCCGCCGCUACGUACGAGGGAGAGAACACCGUACUCAUGCUGCAGACUGCAAGGUACCUGAUGAAGAGUUAUAGCCAGUCUGUGCAGGGAGAGAAGCUGGCUGGUUCUGUGGCGUACCUGGCAGGGGUACAGCCGGUCCCUGUGGCUGGGAGAACCAGGGAUGUCCUGGACCUUCAGGUACUGAUCGAGGCCUACCAGCACAGGGCAGCCAGGCUGGUUCACGAGGCCGCCUUGCAGCUCAGAAAGGAACAGCAGGCAGGGAAGGACCAACCUGAUGCCUGGAACGCCACAUCUGUGGACCUGGUCAAGGCAGCCACGGCCCACAGCCAGUACUUUGUGGUGAAGAACUUUGCUGCCCGGCUUGCUGACCCCGCGGUGGACAGCUCUGUGCGUGCUGUCCUCACCAGCCUGUGUCAGCUGCACGCUCUACAUGGGGUGGUGAACAACUCUGGCGACUUUCUGGAGGAUGGCUACAUGACCGGCACAGACAUCCGCCAGGCCAGACGCCACAUCAACGCCCUCAUGGCCAAACUCCGUCCUGACGCCGUGGCUCUUGUCGACGCGUUCGACUACCCGGACGGGAUCCUGAACUCCAUACUGGGGCGCUACGAUGGGAACGUCUACGAACACCUGCUGGAGUGGGCCAAGGCUUCUCCUCUCAACAAAACUGAUGUGCACCAGUCCUACCACAAGUACCUGAAGCCCUUCCUGCAAGCCAACAGGGCCAAGCUGUGACGACGUCAAUCGAACCACUGCAUUGAUAGAUGGAAAAACUGUAACAACUCUGAAGAGAAGGGACUUUCUUCAACUGUU